UGUAAAAAUAAUUGAAGGUUUAGGAGAAGCCGAGAGAAAGGCCAUCGAGGCAGUUGGUCUUGGAUGCCUCCUGCGCAUUCCUCCCGUCAAAAUCCGUCGAAACUUAUGCAGAUGGAUCGCAGAGCGAUACAAAUCUGAACUAGAUGCAUUUGUUUUUGGUAGGGAUGAUAUGGCUCAGUUGACCUUACAGGAGUUUGAACACUUAUUUGGUCUUCCUGCACGGGUAAGAGCACCUCUGAGACCAGAAGUGAUAGAGAUGUUCGAGGAGAUAAAGCAAAAUAAAAAGCGGCGAAUACCUUUCCCAGAAUUGGAGCAGACAAUUAGAAAAGGAAUUAAAACAUUAAGUGAUGAGCUGCCUUUCCUUCAGGCAUUUAUUUUGUACACAAUCGGGUGUAUUCUAUGCCCAACUACCCAACGUUGGGUCAGUGUAGAUUAUAUGCCAUAUGUAGUUAGCAGGGAAGCAAUCUUGGUGAUAGACCUUGCCAGAUUAUCACUUAAUCAUCUAGUUAAGUCUGUAAAGCAGUAUAAUGCAGCACUUAAAGAUCCAGAAAGAGGCCUUCAGGGUAUUGUAAACCUCGAGGGGAAUCUUCCUUUGUUGCAGUUUUGGUUUUGGGAAAAAUUCCGUCUGGACAGACUUGAUGCUUCAAUCGAUUAUACAGGACGUGAGGCACCGCUUCUCCAAUACUGGGAUGAGAAAAAGGCACGCAAGGUCUGUGCCAUUUUAAAUGAGCACGGUCGUGACGCUGGAGAGUACGUUUUUGAUCUAAAGGAGGCUUGGGAGCCUCCCAGGCCGUCAUCACCAUUACCUUCGUUUGACGACUUGCCGCCAACAGAUUCAAAGUUGGUGCUAAAGCUGCACGAGUCGAUCCUCAACAUGAGACGUGCUGUAAUGCAUGAUAACCUACUGACUCGCAUAAAGAUCGAAGAGCAUGGGGAUUAUCUUUAUAGAUUUGAAGAGAAGCUAGAUGCCUUUUGUCAGCAACGAGCCAACGUAAGACUCAAACUUAUUGAAAUGCACCACAGUACUUUUCCGCUACAUAUACAAAGGAGUAAAAUUUAUGCAUGGAUUCAUGCAGGACUACGAUGACUUUGAGC